AUGGCUUCCUCUGCAAACCAUGCCGCUGAAUCUUUCAGUAAUCCAUUUCAGAAUACUUUUAUUCUUGCGGAGAGUGUGCAGGAGCUUGCACUAAAGAAACCCAAUGAUAUUCCACAGAGAUACAUCAAAUCAGAAGAUGAAAGGCCGUCUUCAACACUAAUUUCUUCUGUCUUGACAAUUCCUGUAAUCGACAUGGGAAAGCUUCUCUUGCCCUCUAACAACCAUGAAAGACAAAAGGAGAUGGGCAUUCUUUUUAAGGCUUGCAUAGAGUGGGGCUUCUUUCAGGUUGUGAACCAUGGAAUUCCUCAUUCUUUGUUAGAUCGCAUGAGAGGAAUGGUUAAUGAAUUCUUUAGUCGUCCCUUAGAAGAGAAGAAAAAGUACGCUCCGCAAGCAGGAGAUUCUCAAGGUUAUGGUAAUAUGUUUGUUAUUGAUGAAGAUCAAAAGUUGGACUGCGGCGACUCCAUGGCCUUGGCUCUUAUGCCUAAGAAACUUGUCAAGUUAUCUAUGUGGCCAACAACACCGUCGGAUUACAGGUACUGGGCGGACUAA